AUGAGUUCAUCUAGACGGUCAGCAAAUGCUGCUGCUGCUGCUGCUUCAGCUAAUUCCGGUAAUACUCCUGAUUUGAAAGAUGUUUAUGAACCACAGGUAUCACCCGCCAACUAUUUGAGUAACCCUGGCAGUGGCGCAGUUAUUAAUGGUGGCACAGAUGAUGCGACGGGACUUUCAUUUGGUGGACAUCAACAGGGUCAACUGAGCCAGCAGCAACAGCAGUCACAACAGCAACAGCAACAGCAACAGCAACAGCAACAGCAACAGCAACAUCCUUAUUACUCGACUGAGUUACAACAGCGGGCUGAGUUGCAAAGAAGACAACAACAAUUGCAACAGCAGCAGCAACAAUUGCAACAGUUUCAACAACAACAGCGGGAAUUGGCUCAAGCACAAGCUCAGGUUCAAGCCCAAGCUAGAGCACAGGCGCAAGCUCAAGCACGGGCCCAGGCUCAAGCUCAAGCGCAAGCGCAACAAUUUCAACAGCUUCAUCAACAACUGCACCAGCAACAACACCAUGGAAUACAGUUGUCAGCCAAUCAAAACGUACCUGUUCCUUCACAGGCAUCACCAGUUUCUUCAACAAUCCCAGACGAGCUCAACACCGGUGAAGAUCUUCGAUCGAAAUACGUUGAAAAUGAAAUGAUUAAAACUUUCAGCAGUAAAGCUGAUCUUGUUAAAUAUGUCAAAUUAGUCCUUGGCCCAGAAGAUCAUUGUCGUAUUGUCAUCAACUCUUCAAAACCAAAAGCAGUUUAUUUCCAAUGUGAACGAUCAGGGUCUUUUAGAACCACCGUCAAGAACCCACAAAAGAGACAACGUAUUGCCUAUACAAAAAGAAAUAAAUGCACUUAUCGAUUAGUAGCUAAUGUUUAUACUAGUGAAAAAGGCGGUGGAAGUGGUGGUAGUAAAAAGGUCAAGACUGAGGAUACAUUUGAUGAAAAUGGUAAUAUAGUGAAACAAGAAGGGAGCAAUUCAUCAAGUGGCGGCGGUGGCGGAGAUUCAGGUGAGGCGGAAAAUCUAUGGAUCCUAAGAAUGAUUAAUCCUCAACAUAAUCAUCCACCUGAUCCACCAAAUAAAAAGAAAAGACAAAAAGAGGCAAGAACGUUAGUUGAGAAACCAGUUAAUAAGCAUCCGCAAGCUAAACAACUGGAUGGACCGCAUUCGGCUGGAUCAUCAACUUCUUCUAGUGCUGGUGGAAGCAAUUCAUUGGGAUUUUCAAAGUCAAGACAAGGACAAAAUUUCCAACAAAAUAGUCAUCAUUUACCGCCGCAGUUCCAACAACAACAACAACAACAACAAUCACAAAGUCAAGACCUUGAUCAUGCGUUAUCGAAUAUUGCAGGUGCAGCUAAUUACAACGACUUGAUUGGUCAUUUAAGUCAAAAUCUUCCCCCUCAACAACAGCAGGGCGGUCGACUGAGACGAUCACAACAACAACAUCCUGAUGCAUCGGUGUAUGCUGCGCUUGAAGCUGCUAAUAAUAAUCCUGCUGGUAGUAGUUCCAAUGCUGCUAGUAUAGCUGCUGCCGCUGCCGCUGCCGCUGCUGUGGCAUUGAAUGUACAAGGUGGUGGUUCAGGCGGUAGUGGCGGAAAUGGCGCCAAUGGUGCUGUUACGAAUGCAAAUCAAGGAUCGCAAGCUGAUUUGGAUCUGAGUCAGAUUGAUCCCAAUGUUGAUCCUAGUGUGCAGGCACAUGACCAGUCGCAUCAUCAUCAUCAUUUGAGAAGAGGUGGAUACUUGUGA